UUUGUAGAGUUUCAAGGCGAGCAAGGUGUUGAUGAAGGAGGCGUUUCGAAAGAGUUUUUCCAGUUGGUCGUUCAGGAAAUCUUUAAUCCUGAUAUAGGUAUGUUUACAGAAAAUGUAGAAACCAACAAUUAUUGGUUCAAUUCGAUGAGUUUUGAGUCGGAUCGUCAGUUUACAUUGAUUGGUGUCGUCUUGGGAUUAGCUAUCUAUAACAACAUCAUAUUGAAUAUUCAGUUUCCGAUGACACUGUAUCGGAAGCUCUUAGGAAAACGUGCAACCUUCAACGACAUGCAAGAAUGCCAGCCAGUUCUAUACAAGAGUUUGAAAGAUUUAUUAGAAUAUGAGGGAAAUGUAGAAGAGGAUUUUAUGCAAACAUUUAAUAUUAGUGUAAGUGACCUAUUUGGUGGUACCAAAAAGUUCAACUUAAAGGACGAUGGAGGCAAAAUACCAGUAACCAAUAACAAUAGACAGGAGUUUGUUGAUUUGUAUGCAGACUUCAUGUUGAACAAAUCCAUUACCAAGCAGUUCCAAGCUUUUAAACGAGGGUUCGAUAUGGUCACCGACGAAAGCCCUUUAAAGAUAUGGUUCAGGCCAGAGGAGGUUGAACUGCUUGUUUGUGGUAACAAGUACUUUGAUUUUGAGUCUUUGGAGAGUUCGACUGAAUAUGAUGGUGGUUAUAAUUCAAGUACACCUGUAAUUAA